AUGGCGGCUAGCGGCGUCGAGCUUGGCGCUCUGCCCUCCGCCUACGAGGAGCUGGGCGAGAACUCGGCGCGCACUCCCUUCGACGACAACGCCGACCCCGCCGUCAUAGCGCUCGAGCAGACGGUGGCCGACCUGCUGAACCGGCGCCGGCCGUGCCACCACUCGCCGGUGAUCGUGGCGGUGCAGCUGCUGCUGCUCGGGUGCGCGGUGCUGCUCCUCGCGCUGCCGUUCGCACUCCUCGUCUGCCUCGUCCGCCUCCUCCCCUGGCUGCCGCUCCCGUCCUCGCUGCCGCACUCGACUGAGACGGCCGGCUUGGACUGGGGGGAGCUGCACUGCGGCCUGUGGUGGGCGAGCGGCGGGUGGGACCCGGCGCAGCCGACGGUGGUGUACGUGCACGGCUGGGAGCCCGGCACGACCGCGCGCGGCUUCCGCGAGACCUUCAACUGGAGGCGGAACGUCAAGCAGCCCUCGCUCGGCGUCAAGGGCGAGAGGGUGCCCGACAUCGACGCGGCGGAGCUGUGGGCGGCGCGCGGCUGGAACGUGGCGCUCUUCUACUGGAACCAGUGCGUGGCGGACCAGCUCGCCUCGGCGCUGCUGCCGCUGUGGCGAGCCGCGUACGGCGGAGGACCCUCCUCGUCCUCCUCGCCGUUGCGGCUGGUGGGCCACUCCUUGGGCGCGCAGCUCGUGCUCGAGGCGGUGGGUCGGCUGGUCGAGCGGCAGCCGCCAAAGGGGCGGCGCCACCUCCACCUGGCCGAGGUGAGCAUGCAGGAGGCGCCGCUGCGGAUCGCUCUGCUCGACCCAUUCUUCAGCCCCGGCGCCAAGCAGUACUUGCCUCGCCAGACCUCGCCCGCGGCCAGGGGCGUCGCAAACCUCUCCGCCGCCUUGCGUUCGCUGCCGCACUUGCCCGUCGAGCUGUACCGCGCCUCCAUCCUGGGCGACCCUCCGCUCUGCGCCGCGCUGCUGCCGCACCUCGGCGACCCCACGCCGCAGCUGCACGAGCUCGCGGCCUUCGGCUACGUCGUCCCGCCGGGCGUCCACCCGCUCUCGCCCCGCGCGCGCCACAUCGCCGCCGUCGGCCUCUACUUCCUGUCGAUCGCGCACGAGGAGGACGCGCUCACGCCGUGGGAGGGGAGGAUGCACCCGCGCGCGCACGACGGGCUCAUCUGCGAGCGGAUGGUCGCGCAGACCAUCCGCUCGCAGUCGGCGCAGCGGGCGGCGCCGCAGCCGCUGCAGCCCGCCACGCCCGCUUCGCUGCUCGCCUUCCUCAGCCGCGCCGACCGGGACGGAAACCUCUCCGACGACCGCGGCUCGGUCGACUCGAAGACGGAGCUGCUCGAGAGGAAGGACUCGGUGCAGGAGUUUGACGACGCGCCGCACGACGCCGUCAAGCUCGACCUCGCCGGCUGCUUCGCCGACCCGUCGGUGCUCGAUCCAUCGCCGCCCGAGCAUCGCGGACCGGGCGCCGUCGCCGGCGCGAGCGUGUCCGGCCUGGUCGUCGACGUGGUGUGA